AUGUCGACAAAUUCACGGACCCACGAAACGAUAAACGCGGUACCUCUCCACGGAGCGGCCGCCAGUGAGGUGGCCGUUCCGCUUGACGGGAGCGAGAAUUUUCAGAGCAUCACUGCCGACGCACAUGAUAUGCUCCUGUGUGCACAGACAGAGAGAGAUAUGAAUGCGUGCAGGGGACAUCAGGCGAGCAACGUCGAUGACUGUGUUUCCUUCGGUGACUUUUUCUUUCACGGUCUUUCACCUGAGGGAGGUGGUGACGCGGCACAGCCCGCUGUGUUUGAGGGCUUUUGCUUUGACGACAUCUGCGGCGAUGGCGCAUGGCCAGCGAGCGCCAUGGCGGUAGGCACCACACCUGGAGAGACUGCCGAGGAGAGCAAUCAUCCAACUACACUGCCCUUGUUUGACUUUCUUCUUUCCGAAGAUGCCACCUCCACAGCUAUGACGGAGGCUGUGAACAGAGACACAGAAGAAGAAAGGGCGCUCCGCGUGGAAUCGGGUGUGGCGCGUCCAAACAGCGGUGUGAGGGGUGACGCUUCUGCACCCCUUGCUGUUUCUACGGAAGUGCCACGACGCCCAGCGCCACAAGAAACGAAAAAGGUGUUGGGAGAAAUCACUGGCCAUUUUUCUUCCACCACAACUGACAUCACUGAGGCGGUAUCCAUGGCGCCUGCCGAUCUCGGCAACCACAGUACCCGCCGAAGUAGCGGCGGAAACAAUACUCCCGUUGAGGUCACCAAUGUGACGAAGGAGGUGGUGAAUAACGUCUCCUCUCUUCCAUUUGGUCCACUGCGGCAGUCACUCAAACUCAAUGACACCUCUGUCUCCUCCGCUGUGGAAAGCGCGACAACAACUGUGGGAGCGGCUCCACGUGUGCCGCGGGAAAGUGUAGAUAAGUUGCUGCGGCGUGCAGAUUAUAUUCUUUCUGACGGAGGCCCUGCCGACGCUGUGCAGGACGCUGCCGACGGAGGGAGUGAACGUAACGGUAAUCAAUCGGAUAUUCUCUUCAGCGCGCAGGUUUCCCACUGGCUACGAAGAUGCGUGGAGGUGCAGGAGGCUUCUUUGGCCGCUGUGGCGGACCUUCAACUACGAACGACACAGACAAUACGACUGUUCAGUGCCCACUCAGGACUUUCUUCUGCACUCGGGCCGCAAUACAGUAGAACACCCGUUGUUUUAACACUUCCACUUGUACUUCCGCUGAUGGAGUCCCUUCUUGAGGAAGACUGA